UGGCGCCGUCUCUUCCGCUGCGGGGAGUAAUAUGGGGACAAUACACUUGUUCCGCAAAUCACAGAGAUCAUUGGUUGGAAAGUUAACACAUGAGUUUAGGUUGGUUGCAGCAGACAGAAGGUCCUGGAAGAUUUUACUGUUUGGUGCUAUAAAUUUAAUAUGUAUUGGCUUCCUGCUCAUGUGGUGCAGCUCUACAAACAGCAUAGCUUUAACUGCUUAUACAUAUUUGACAAUCUUUGACCUUUUCAGUUUGGUAACAUGUCUAAUAAGCUACUGGGUAAUGAUGAAGAAACCCAGCCCAGUCUAUUCAUUUGGGUUUGAAAGGUUUGAAGUUCUAGCUGUAUUUGCAUCUACAGUUCUGGCACAGCUUGGUGCUCUUUUUAUACUGAAAGAAAGUGCGGAGCGGUUUCUGGAACAGCCUGAGAUACACACGGGACGACUGCUGGUUGGUACUUUUGUGGCUCUCUUUUUCAACUUAUUUACAAUGCUUUCCAUUAAGAAUAAGCCUUUUGCUUAUGUCUCUGAAGCUGCCAGCACAAGUUGGCUUCAGGAACAUGUUGCAGACCUCAGUAGAAGUAUUUGUGGAAUCAUCCCAGGAUUGAGUAGCAUCUUUCUGCCACGGAUGAAUCCUUUUGUCUUGAUUGAUAUUGCUGGAGCUCUGGCUCUUUGCAUUACCUAUAUGCUCAUUGAAAUCAACAAUUAUUUUGCUGUGGACACAGCUUCUGCUAUAGCAAUUGCUUUGAUGACAUUUGGUACCAUGUAUCCCAUGAGUGUCUACAGUGGGAAAGUACUACUCCAGACAACCCCACCUCAUGUGAUUGGCCAGUUAGAUAAACUUCUUAGAGAGGUUUCAACUUUGGAUGGUGUGUUGGAAGUUCGAAAUGAGCAUUUCUGGACAUUAGGUUUUGGCACUUUGGCCGGAUCAGUCCAUGUCCGAAUUCGGAGAGAUGCAAAUGAGCAAAUGGUACUUGCCCAUGUUACUAACAGAUUAUACACACUGGUCUCUACCUUGACUGUUCAGAUUUUCAAAGAUGACUGGGUCAGACCGACCUUAUCAUCCGUGCCUAUUGCAAACAAUAUUCUGAACCUUUCGGACCAUCACAUUAUUCCAAUGCCAUCUUUGAAAGCUGCUGACAAUUUGAACCCUGUUACCUCCACUCCAGCUAAGCCCAGCAGCCCACCACCAGAAUUUUCUUUUAACACACCAGGCAAAAAUGUGAGUCCAGUUAUCCUUUUAAACACUCAGACAAAGCCCUAUGGAUUGGGUUUUAAUCAUGGAUCUGCACCCUACAGCAGUGUACUCAGUCAAGGACUUGGAAUUCCAGGAAUGGGAGCAGCUCAAGGAUUCAGAACUGGUUUUGCAAAUGUCCCAAACAGAUAUGGAACAAACGCACGUGGGCAACCCCGACCGUAAUAAACGCCAUUAUUUAUUGUACUUAAGGGUAUUGACUUAAUUCUUUUAUUACCCAAUUUUUAUAAACAUUUGGAAUGUCAAAUCAUUCUAAAUGGCUGGGAACAAGUGCAUUGUUCAUAUUCAUGAAGUGGUUAAAUAGCAGUUUUUUCCUUUGCAUCAGCAGUAGCCUGUGUAAUGCCACAGAUACCUUGCAGACUUACAAUACUUUUCAAGUAGUUUUUAUAGGGUGUCUAUUUCUACUCAUCUUUUUUAUCCACUUUUCUGCAUUUAUCCAAGAAUGUAUUAAGAUGCAGCACAGCUCCAUAAGAGAAUAAAAAUUGUGACCAGGUAGCAUUUUUUUUUCUCAUGAGAAUUACUGUAUGCUGAAUAGCUGAGAGAGUAGGUAAUGGCAGAAAUGCAAGUCCCAAUUUUCAGACAUGUUUGAUUGCUGUAUUAAGCCAUGUUUGGGCCAAGUCACAAUUAGUCUUUGGUUGCAAAAAUCCAUCAAUAUUCAUGCUGUUGCCAUUGUGGCAUCUGGCAUUUCAGAGUGUAAUUGAUUUUGUGAGACUGUGUUUUUACAUUUUUACUGAUGCUUUUAUAGAAAUUCAGAUGGUUCAGCAACCAUUCUCUAGUUGUAAGUAUUCCAUACUCAUCUCUGAUAUUUCUUACUUUUUGGUUUAACUGCAAAAUUAUUUAGCAAUAUACUGGGAAAUAAAAUACUUAAAACUUAAGAUUUUACAAGCACCUCUUUUUUACAAUUAACCCUGUUUAGGAUACAGAACAGAUGGCUAUUGUUUCUGAAGCCAGUAUUUAAUUUUGACUAUGGAGAGUGUUCUGUGAUUUGAUUGUGACUUUGUAUUUUCCUCUUUGUAUUUUUUGGUACUUCCAGGGGGAAAAAUAAUUUAUUUACGUUCCUGGUUCAUAUCCAGAGGUCAGUGAUCACUGAGGGUUCAUAGUCACUGCUGGAGUGCUUAACCUUUGGGGCACACUUGGAAUGAGACCACUUAUCUUGUCUCUGCAUUUGCAUUACUGUCCUACUGUGCAUUGAGGUUUCUGCAUUUCUCCAGGGCCUUUCUCAGAGAGCUCUUCUCUCUCAUUGAUGUCUUUUCCUUCUCUGCUCUGACAACAGGGAAAGGCCUUUUAGAAAUACUUCAGUUAUUUUUCUGUUCCCCUGUGCAGUAUCUGUGUUACAAUUGCUCCU